AUGAGUCCCUAUGAAAUAAUUCUGACUAUUGUCUUUGGCACUCAGAUUGCAAUUGGGGCCCUGGGGAACUCGUUCCUAAUUUAUCUCUUCACCAUCAUGAUCUUCACUGGACAGAGAAUGAGGAUCAUAGAUAGGAUUCUUGUCCAGCUGGCCUGGGCCAACUUCUUAAUGAUUAUCUCCAAGAGCAUCCCACAGACAAUGGCAGCUGUGAACCUGAAGAUUUUCCUGAAUGAUCAUGGCUGUAAAUUUUUCUUCUACCUUCCCAGGGUGUCUCGUGGUCUUUCCUUAAGCAUGACCUGCCUCCUGAGUAGUUUUCAGGCUAUCACCAUCAGUCCCAGAAACUCCAGGUGGGCAGAACUUAAAGGCAGAGCCCCAGAGCACCUCAUCCCCACCUGUUCCCUCUGCUGGAUCUUCCAUCUCCUCCUAAACAUCCUUGUUCUUGAGAAAAUUGAAGGACCAAGGAUGGCUGGAAACAUCUCAAACAUCCUGCCUUACGGAUAUUGUUCUACUCCAGUGGCCACCACAGUAAAUGCUUCGCUCUUUGUAGUCAUGGUCUCCCUCCCUGAUGUUGUGUGUGUGGGUCUGAUGGUCUUUACCAGUGGCUACAUGGUGUUGCUUCUGUGCAAGCACCACCAGCAAAUACAGCAUAUCCACAUGACCAGCCUCUCCGCCAGAGCCUCCCCUGAGAGCAGAGCCACCCAGUCCAUCCUGCUUCUCGCGAGCACCUUUGUGGCCUUUUACUCACUCAAUUCCAUUUUGGCAGCAUAUGCACAUUUCAGAAAGGCAGGACCCUGGUUGGUGCACAGCUCUACCUUCCUGUCCACUUGUUUCCCAACUUUUAGCCCAUUUGUGCUUAUCAGCGCUGACUCUCAAGUUCUAAAGUACUAUUCUGCUCUCUGGGGAAGGAACAAGCUACAUUUUGGGGGCCCUUCUCUCUAUCUAUAG